AUGGAAAAAAAAACUAUUGAAAAAAUACAAGGUGUUGAAAAUAACACAAUUUUGGAUUCAGGUGAAAGACAUACCGCUAAAAGUAUGCUUACCCAGUUAAGACAAUGCAUAGAAAAUAAAGUAAUUGAAAAAGAUGAAGUACCAAAAUUAAAAACUAUACAAAAUUGGAUCACUCAUUAUACAAAUCAACAUCACCAAGAAGCAGCAGAGAUAAUGGCUCGAGCACAAGAAAAGACCUAA